GUUGUGGUGUCAUUCUGGAGGUGACAUGACACAGUCUACGGCUGCGGCGGCGCCGUCCGAGGUGUCCCCUCUCCACUCCCCAGUAAACACACCGGACAACCAAGACGUCCAAUACACAAAAGUGGACUCGACGCGCGCGAUCAACAUGCCUGCGUCGCCGCCUUCGUUUGUCCAGAAGGUCCUUCCUGCGCUCGGGUCUGCGUUCGUCGCGUCCGUGGCAUAUCUGGACCCAGGUAACUUUGCGACCAACAUCCAAGCCGGCUCCAACUACGGCUUCACAUUGCUGUGGGUGAUCUUGCUGGCUAAUCUCAUGGCGAUGCUGUUCCAGACGCUGUCGGCAAAGCUCGGCAUCGCCACGGGCAAGAACCUCCCCGAAGUGAUCGCGGAGCAGUUCCAUCCGUGGGUCGUCGUGGUCAUGUGGCUGGCGGCCGAAGUGGCCGCGAUUGCAACCGACGUGGCCGAGUUCAUCGGGGCCGCGAUCGCGUUCAAACUGCUGUUUUCGAUCUCGCUGGCGUGGGGCGCGGUCAUCACCGCCGGCAUGACCCUGGUUCUUUUGUACGUCCACCAGCACCGCAUCCAAGCGUUCGAAGUUGUCAUCUUCAUCUUGGUGUCUGUGAUCGUCGUGAGCUACAUCAUGGAAACUGCGCUGCAGCCGAGCAUUCCGUGGGCCGAGGUGGCGUACAACACAUUCGUGCCGAGCUUCGACGGUAAGGACAGCCUCGUCCUCGCUGUGGGCAUUGUCGGGGCCACCGUCAUGCCCCAUGUGAUCUACCUCCACUCGGCGCUCACCCAGAGCCGCUUUGUCGUGUCGGACGACGGUGAUGUGAUCUUUCCGCCGCUGCGGUACGAAGUCGUGGGCAUUGUGAUCGCUCUGGGGAUUGCUGGCCUAGUCAACAUGUCGAUGCUGAUCAUGGCGGCAUCGACCUUCCACACUGCUGGGUACACGCAGGUAGACUCGAUCGAGAACGCGUACAUCACGCUGGAACCGCUGCUCGGCAAGGCGUCUUCGUAUGUAUUUGCCAUUGGACUGCUGGCCAGUGGCAUCUCGUCGUCGGCGGUGGGUACCCUCGCGGGUCAGGUGAUCAUGGCGGGCUUCCUCAACUUCCACGUAAAUGUAUGGAUCCGCCGCGCCGUGACUUUGGUUCCGUCCAUGAUGAUCAUCUUCUCAGGCGCCGACCCCACCCAAGCGCUCGUGUUCAGCCAAGUCGUUCUGAGUUUCUGCAUUCCGUUCGCCCUCAUCCCCCUCGCCAUGUUUACCGGCAGAGAAGACAUUAUGGGCAAGUGGAAAAGCGCGUGGCCCAUGCAGCUGCUCACGGCCGCGCUCUGCGCGUUCAUCGUCGGACUCAACGUGUACCUCGUCCUCGCGUCAGUGUUUGACUGGUAACAGCCAUGGGCUAAAGCGUAAUAAAAAUGAAGUUUCAAGA